AUGGAAGUUGCUCCACACGUUGUCAUACGGUCCAAAGAUGGCACCAAUGCCAACUACAACGAACCCACGACCCCGGCCAUGCGUAUACUAUCUACGACAAGCAUGGGAGGGGGGACGCCACGCAGCAGCGGGGAGUUCUAUUCCAUGAGCAAUAACUCGACAGAAACAUUGGCUUCCGAGUACCCAGCGCAGCCCACAAGAGGUCCGAUGCGACCGCCGCACUUCCGACGGUCUUCGAACCUCGCGUCUCACCACCCGAAACAACCGGAGUCUUUGAUGAUGGGUUACGCCCAGAUCCAGGGUUCCUUCACACUUGACGGUUCGCUCAUUAACCUGGGCCCCUUUGAGCAAGUCAAACGAAAGGCCGUAGUAGGCGGCCAAGGAGGCGGUGUCAUCGGAGUGGAGCCUUCGAAACGGGAUAGUGGACUUCUUCGAAGUUUUGGCUGGGGAAGCAUCAGUAACUCGAUCGGAGAGUUGCUUGGAGCCGGCGAAGUCAGCAGCAUCAAGGACAUGCGCGGCAUCGCGAGCUCAAAGUCCGUCCCACUGCUCUCGACACCUCAGUCGAUUCUCUUUGUGGACCUGAACCUGGGCCCAGGCGAACACAAAGCGUUUGAGUACUCCUUUCAGCUUCCCAAGGGACUUCCACCGACACAUAAGGGGAAGGCGGUGAAAAUAUCCUACAACCUGGUCAUUGGCACACAACGAGCGGGCGGCUCGAAAGAGCAGCAAGUCCGCUCUGUCGAGAUACCUUUCAGGGUGCUGGGCAGCGUGAACAGCCACGGGGAGAUCCUCGGCCACGACCUCAUGACCCCCUACAUUAUCCUCCGCGACCAGGCAAAGAUCAAGACCGUCGACAAGCUGUCGACACUAAGCGAGAUCAAGAAGCUGAAGGCGCCAAAGACGGAUACAACCAUCAACGAGUUCCUCACCUAUGUGGACGAACUUCUCGCCAGACCACGCCAAGGGUCGAGUGCAGGCCUGCUGUCGCCCACGGCAUACCCCGGGUCCCGACGACCGUCUGCGUUUGAGGACGCGGCAACCGCCACGGAGGCCAUCAACUUGGCCAUCAUGCGCAGCAACAUGGCAUCCGAGGGCCAGCAAAGCCCCAACCGCUUCGAGAUCGCCCGCAACGGGCAGCGCGUCGGCGUGGUCAUGCUCACGCGCCCCUCGUACCGUCUGGGCGAGGUCGUUACCAUGGCCAUCGACUUCACGGACGCCGAGAUCCCCUGCUACGCGGUCCACUCGUGCCUCGAGUCCGCCGAGCGGAUCGAGCCGCACCUGGCCAUCCGCUCCGAGGCGUCCAUCCACCGCGUCACGCGAAAGGUGCACGUGUCGGCGUCGGAGGCGACGCUCUACUCCCGGAGGAUGGUCUUCACGCCGACGAUCCCCAUCAACGCGACGCCCGAGUUUGUCACGACGGGCGUGUCGCUCGAGUGGAAGAUCCGCGUUGAGUUCGUCGUGCCGAGCCAGGAGACGGAGCUCGAGCGCGAGGCGCCCAGCACGCACCCGCUGCUGGAGCAGAUCUCGCGGGACGAGCGCGGGGGGCUGGUCCUCGUGGCCGUCGAGAACGUGGCGUGCGAGAGCUUCGAGGUGGCGGUCCCGCUGCGGGUGUACGGCGCCGUGGCGACGGGGCUCGAGAAGCUCGAGAGGGACGAGGCGCUCGAGGAGGGCCUCGUGGUCUGA